AUGGUCGUCAGCUACCUGCCACCGGACGCGGUCAUCAAUCUCACAUUAGCUGCGUACCUGCUACUCCGGGACCGCAACAUCAUUCCAUGUAUCUCUCUCGCAACUGCUAGGCGCCUCUCGACAGGGCAGCCUGAUCCAAAUCCUCUGUUCAGUACCUGGCGUCUUCCUCCAGAGAUUACGCUUGCGAUCCUCCGCCCGCUGAAUCAGCGGCGGCUGAUUCAGUUCGUCAUCGACCACUACCAACUCAUGGUACAAGCUGGAGUCUCGCCAGAUCUGACUUCGGAGCUCGGCAGAAUCCUGUACCGCUCAUGUGCCGCGGAGGCUAACAACAACGGGCUUCCGGGGGGCUGA